AUGGAAGCUGAAUCUCAACCAGUUUCUACACCAAACAGACACCAGUUACCAUUAAUCGCAGAUGUAAGACCUACGCCGAAACGUAAAAGAACUCUAUCACCUUCUGGCCUUAGUACCUCGCAAGAACCACUAUCCAUAAGCAAGAAACCUCACACUGAUAGACGUACUUUACCGUUACCAACUUUUACUGCAACUCCAUCCACACCAAUGACGACGCCAAGAUCGAACCCUGAAACACCGAAACCUCAACGUACCACUACUCGCGGCCGCUUAAGUUUAACCACCUCACCUCAUCUCCAGCCUGUAAACAUACAUGUGUACAGGUCAGGAAAAAAAAUCUGUAGAUUUGCCUUGAAAAAUCUGGAGAUUGGGUGA